AUGAAUAUCCUAUACAUUAGUUUUUUUUUCCUUGGAAUUUUUCAUUUUUGUAAAACUGCUAGUAUAAAUGAAGCCAGUAACACAUCAGUAAGCGAAAAACAAAAUAUAGAUAAUUCUGAACACGCAGAACAAAAAACUAGUAUUGUUCAUUCUGAAAAUGAAGGAAAUAUAGAUUCUUCUAAUGAUGCAAAGGAUAAAAGCCCUUUACCUAAAAAUCCCCCCAAUACCACACAACCAAAAAUAGAUAAAAAAGGUGAUAAUAAUAAUUGUGAGAAAUCACAAGAUAAAGCAAAUACAACUAAUCCAAAGGAAGAUACAAAACCACAUCCUAAUCAGCCUGAACGUAAAAAGGUCAUUCUAGUUAGACCAUUUCCUCGAAAGGAUGAUCAUGAAUCAACAAACCAAAAAGAGCAAGCUGAGACAAGUGCCGCGAAAGAACAAAGUGAAAGUAAGGCUUCAAAUAGUGAACAUUUCAAAAAGGGGGGGGGAUCUAAAUCAUCAAAGCACAAACGAAAACAUCAUGGAAAAGGGUAUAGAUACAACACGGUGAGGGGAAUUAAUAAAAGUGAUAUUGAUCAAGCUAGUUUGGAAACCAUUAAGGAGAGACCUGAAGAUAAUGAAAAGAAGAAUCCACCUACAGACGAUAAAACUUUAGAUUUGUCAAAAAAAAAAACAUAG